UAGUAAGGCUAGACGGUUCAACACUCGAGUCUCGAUGGUGGAUGCUGUGGUACUGUCGUGAUGUCAUGUCUAGUGUAAUGUCCGUCGCGUUGUCGUUUCUAGACGCUUUGUGAGCGACGGAAGCGAGCGAAACCGGUUAGAGAUGAGCUAUGAAAGCUCGCGUUUACAUCUUUCGACUUACAUUACGUCGUAAAUACGAUCCGAUAGUCGUGACCGCGAAAUCAAUUGAUUAGUCUUGUUCUAUAAUAAGCGUAAGGCUCCUCGCCGCAAGCCAUUCGCGUUCCGCCAAAGAGACAGACAACAGUAGCAACUUGUUGACGAUACAGUACCAAUGCUUUCAUCUACCGAUCGCAGCUAUGGUCCUCAGAAAUCGACUACCGAGCGGAGGUCGUCGAGGAAUCGCACUCGCCGGAAUAGCAUACCGGACAUCAAAGAGCUCAGCACCGAGGUCAAAGAGAAAUUGCGCAUUAUCAAGCGAAAAUCUUCGGAAGGCUCUACCAGCGAGCGACAGUUUUUCAACUGGGAGCAGAACUUCGUGCAAUACCUCGAGGAAAGACGUUCGUCGAACAAUGAAAAAUCGAGGACCUCGUUGCUGCCCAGUCCUGUUGCGUUGGAUCGGGUCACUCACUUGGCUGUCCGUGCUGAGUCACUUUCCGACGCGCGACUCUUCACGAGGAUACCGCAUGCGAAUGCCGCCAGCUGUCUUUUGCCACGUGCGCGCAGCGUCUCGGCCCCUGAUCUUACUGCACCGCGAAGAAAGCUGCUGCGGAGGUAUCCACGGUCGUUUGGCUCAACGGCCGACUUCCCGGGACUCGACAUCGCGAGAGAGGGAAGAUCUGCCGAGCUCGUUCGUCAGUUGGCGCUCGGGUGGAGCUGAGUAGCGGACAACAACUUUGCGGUAUGUUAUACGUAAACUGAUACGUUAUAUAGCUAAGUGUAGCUGUAUGAACACUUGUAAAUGCGGGUGUAUUACAGAUUUAUAGCUACGUGUAGAAACGUAGCGUCGUGUACAUGAGUAGGCGGAUUUAUUGUAUACAUAUCGGACAGAGAGGUUUGUAGUCUACGCAAUACAAUGUCUUUACUA